GCUCGGGCAAGCAGCAUUGCGAAGUAAAUGCAACGGUACCUUUUGUACGUCGACGAGCACCAAUUCACCAACUGGAACGUUCUGAGCACAGCUUGCACACGGGCUGCGUCUCAAAGACUUCAGGCUCAUCUGUUGUUGCCAUUCGGAUAUAAUGAUAUUUUUAUCAGCGAAUCAUAGCAAGACCGGAAAAGGACCAUUCUGGUCGUUGCUAGUGAAUAGCAGUUGAAGCGAAGUAAAAAAGGGCUCACAUGAAAAUAACUGCAUGCCUCGAGGCAGUGUCAAGCAAGCGCUGAUCGAUAAGCAGAAUUCUGAAUUUCUCUGCAGCGUGUGCGUUGAAUCUGAUCAUGAUAGGCUGUAUAUGGGUCAAGCUCAUAUGGAUCAUUGUAAAAACAAAGCAGUCUCUACUGGCCAAACUUACGACUAGUAUUUGGAUGAUCUAUACUGUUGGUCUCGCGAAACCUCGCAGAUGAUGCUCUCGUCCAAACGCUGUGUGCGUUUCAAUAAAUACUUGCAAAACGACCCCAAGACCGAUGUGAUCACAAUACUCCUUCCAAACAUUUACAGCCCGCGAGACUCGAGACGGCCAUGGAAGAGGGAACUGCGAGAUAUGGCCAAGGUUCAUGAUUUGGAGUUAAACGAUGAACAACUUACAAACCGAGCUUGGUGGAUUGUAGUUCUUUCUGCGCUCGUUGGGAAAAUUAGCGAUGUCCGCCUAGAGACCGAGCGUUUCCCACCCGGGGCCGCAACGUUUGGGAGGCGACGACUUACGCUCGAUGUCGAGCUUUUACUUCUUCAUAAGCGCUCUCGGGCCAAUCGCCUACGAUACCGAGGAUCAAUAGAGAUGUCUGUAAACCCGGGGCUACAAUAUGCGUGGAUCCGAAAGGCUGGACAUUAUCUCCAACUACAACUGAGAAUUUAUAGGCAAACAGUGAUGGGGUGGACAGGCAUGUUGAAGUUCGAAGGACGAGAGUUGGGUACCGAUAUCCAGCAUCGUCAAACUCUUCUGUCGUCGACGCCUUGCGAUCAUGUCGCUCCAGUUGCUUUUACACUAGGCGUUUACUUAAAUACCUCUUUCGCGAAGAUGAGAAG